UAUCAGAUUAUUGACUGCUGUCCUUGUUAUUCCAGCUAGCCUUGUUUCUGGUUUGUGCAUAAAUUAGUAUUCUCACACUCAUUGCAAAUCAUUUUCUUAUUGUUAAACGCUCCAAAUUUUCAGAAGAUAUCAUUUGGAUUCCCUAUGGAGUUUCAUCUUCUUUCCAUCUUUGUUUUAUUCUGUCUUGCUCUAAGAGGAAGCAAUGCUUCUUUACCUGCAGAGGUGUAUUGGAAGUCCAUGUUACCAAACACUUCCAUGCCCAAAGCUCUACAAGAUCUUUUACAGCCUGAAUUCAAGAAUGGAAUUUCAAUCUCCACUGCGGAUGGGACACAGUUCCAGGUAAGGUAUACAGUUUAUUGGCCAGAAUUGGGAAAAUCUAAUAAAGUUUUCAUACCAAGUAAAACCACCAUAUUCUUCUUAUACGAUGAUCUCCUUCCUCACAAAAUCAUGACCCUUAAUUUCACUAAAUCAAACAAAAUCUCCAAUUUCUUGCCAAGAAAAAUUGCUGAAACCAUACCAUUUUCAAGCAAUAUGUUACCACAAAUUCUGAAAUACUUUUCCAUAAAACCUUCGUCAAAGGAAGCUCAAAUUGCAAAACGAACAAUUGAAGACUGUGAGGCACCAAAUAUUAGGGGGGAAAAUAAAUAUUGUGCUACAUCUUUAGAAUCACUAGUUGAUUUUGUCAUUACAAAGUUUGGGAAGAAAGUUCAGGCGCUUGCGAAUGAGGCAGAAAAGGAGAAUAGAGAACAGGAGUAUACUAUUUUAAAGGGAAUCAAAAUGAUUGGAGAUAAUCAAAUAGUGUGCCACAAGCAGAGAUAUGCAUAUGCUGUAUUUUACUGUCAUACAAUCAAUGCCACAAAGGCUUACACGAUUCCAUUGGAAGGCCUUGAUGGCUCCAAAGCUAAAGCCAUCGCAGUUUGCCACGCAGAUACAUCAGCUUGGAACCCCAAGCACAUUGCCUUCCAGAUCCUGAACGUUAAGCCUGGAGGACCUCCAGUUUGUCACUUCCUUAAUAGUGAUACCAUUGUUUGGGUACCCAACUAGAUUAUGUUUAGUAAGAUGUAAUCGAAAUUAUAAUAA